AUGGAAGCCUUAGAGGGGCAGGGGGGUGAAGGGGACCAGCCACUAGAGAAGGGGACGGAUGCACCCUGCUCAGAGGGGAGCUCCAGCACCAUCCCUGCCAGAGACUCACUGGUGUGCCAGGCCAAGGGCCUGGGCCAGGACACCUUCAAAAUUUGUAAAGAAUAUCUAAGGCCGCUGAAGAAGUUCCUGCGAAAGUUGCACCUGCCCAGGGACCUUCCCCAGAAGAAGAAGCUAAAGUACAUGAAGCAGAGCCUGGUGGUCCUAGGGGACCACAUCAACACCUUUCUGCAGCACUACUGCCGAGCCUGGGAAAUCAAGCACUGGAGGAAGAUGCUCUGGCGAUUUGUCUCCCUCUUCUCAGAACUGGAGGCGAAGCAGCUUCACAGGCUCUACAAGUAUACCAAGAACACCCAGAUGGACAAGUUCCCGGUGAGGUUCCUCCAGGCCUUCUACCCCUUGGACAUCCCAGAGAGCUCCUUGCUGGCCAACAAGGACGACAGUCUGCCCAAGCUCUGCACUGCCUGGGGGCUGCACAGUCACCUCAGUGGCAUGAAGGAGAGGCUGUCCAAGGUGCAUGCCCCGGGCCACCAGGUCUCCCUGCUCGGGGAGCUGAGACCUAGGGGCCACAGCAUGAGAGGUUCUUUAAGGAAACUUCCUCAAAAACCACAACUCAAGAGAAAGAGGAUUAAGGAAGCCCCAGAAACUCCAGAGACCUGCCCAAAAGAAUACCCAGCUGGGGCAGAGGGCCAGCUCGCCCUGGAUCCCAGCGCACUUGUACCUGAGGGCGUGGGGGACCAAUGA